CCGGGCUCGGAGGUGACAGCAGGCGACAGCAGCGCUGGUCCCCGCCGCUGGCCCCGGGCUGUCAGGGGGGUGCCAGCACCCCUCACCCCGCGCCCCACCAUGGGGGGCUGCUCCCGCAGCGCCUGGAUUUUGCCCCUUUUCUUGGCUGGGCUCGUCCAGCCGGGGUGGAGUGAGCAGAGGGAGAAGGUGGAUUGCUACAACUCCGUAAACGACACCAUCUACAAUUAUGGAGCCAUGACCAUCGAUGGGGACGAGUUCAUCCCCUUUGAGAGGUACAAGGGGAAGAUGGUGCUCUUCGUCAACGUGGCCACGUACUGAGGCCUGACCCUGCAGUAUGUUGAAUUGAAUGCACUACAAAAUGAGCUGAGAGACCAGGGGCUUGUGGUCCUCGGCUUCCCCUCCAACCAAUUUGGGAAGCAGGAACCUGGCCAGAACUCAGAGAUCCUCCCUGCUCUGAAGCACGUCCGGCCAGGAGGUGGCUUUGAACCCAAUUUCCAGCUCUUCCAGAAGGGGGAUGUGAAUGGGGUCAAGGAGCAGAAGGUCUUCACCUUCCUGAAGAAUGCCUGUCCCCCGGUGACGGAGAACUUUGGGAACCCCAACAAACUCUUCUGGGAGCCUCUGCGGAUCCAUGACAUCAAGUGGAACUUCGAGAAGUUCCUGGUGGGGCCUGAUGGCGUGCCUAUCAUGCGCUGGUACCAUCGCGCCAACAUCGGGGUCGUGAAGAACGACAUCAUGGCCUACCUGAGGCAGCGGCAGGAGAAGCAGGACAAGUAGAGCUGGCAUGAGGGCCGGCAUCCCCCCUGGCUGCUUCCCCAUCCAUUCCCUCCCAGGAUGUUCCCUGGCAGCCAGAGCUAAAUGCUGUCCCCUUCCAUUGCUGCCGUCUCUGUCACCCCCCCAGCCAGGAUGCUGGGCUGGGUCACCCUGUGUCAGAGACCUCAGCAAUGGGAGUGGGACAUUUCCAAUAACUCCAUGUCCCACCUCCACCCCUGGUGGUGAUGUCUCCUGGCCUCCAGCUUGCACUCCUCUGCCCCACCAUCCCAGGCAGUGGGAGGAUGCAGGGGCCAGCUGCCCCUGGAGCAGAAGACCACGUCUCCAUGAAGGCUCAGCCCGAAAGCCCCCAGUGUGGGGUGGGCCUGGCCUGAUCCUGCCGAGCACGGAGCAGCUCUUCAGUGCAUUCAAGCUGCCCGUGGUUCUGGUGCACAGACGUGCUGCUCUCCCAGUCGGGGGCAGCUGACCCCUCGCCCCCCACCAUAGAAACACCAAAUAAAGGCUCUGCAAAUGCA